AUGUCAAGCAAGCAAGCAAGGAGGAACGCACAAGAACAGGCCAACGGAUUGCCUCGGGACACACUGAGAACCCUCUCUGAUACCGGUGAAAAUGUCUUGGACUUCAAGCACAGUAACUUUUGUAUCUCGGCUAACUCCGCCAACCACAGUUGCUAUUCAGCACAAGAGCACUCGGCCAUCUCGUCGACAUCGAAAGCGCAAUCCCUAGCCCAGCAGCACGCAGGAAGCACACUUCCGGUUGACAUCCGGGUAGAAACAAUGGUGGCCACUUUGGCUGUGUGCCUUGGUAUUGUGAUUGGGUCGGAAAAGCUACACCCUAUACGGUGGCAAGUAUGGGCCGGCAAGAUCGAACGGGUUGGCAAGGCAGGCUUUCUUGACGGCAACGGGCAAGUGGACAGAGAUUUUCGAGGGAGCCCGUUCAGAAUGUUAGAAUAUCGUCCCAGCUUUCUCGAUAUCCGCAGACAACGUCUCGCCUUUGCAAAGUGGGUGAAAGCUAGAGAUACACUCUAA